AUGGGUGUCCCCGCGCUGUUCCGAUGGCUCUCCAACAAAUAUCCGAAGAUUGUUUCUCCGGUUAUUGAGGAGCAGCCCCAAGUGGUCGAUGGAGAAGAAAUCCCAAUCGAUAUCACUCGUCCGAACCCUAAUGGCGAGGAGCAGGAUAACCUUUACCUGGACAUGAAUGGUAUUGUUCAUCCAUGUACCCAUCCCGAGGGGAAGCCUCCCCCAGCGGAUGAGCAGGAAAUGAUGAUGGAAAUCUACAAGUACACUGAUCGAGUGGUCAACAUGGUGCGCCCCAGAAAGCUUCUCAUGAUCGCUAUCGGUAUGCGGUUUCCACUAACCUCGAUCCUAUGUCUCGAUGGCGUCGCCCCAAGAGCGAAGAUGAACCAGCAGCGCGCGCGUCGAUUCCGCUCAGCGCAAGAGGCCAAGGAGAAUGACCAGAAGAAGGAGGAGCUCCACAAGAUGCUUGCUCAGCAGCAUGCUACGAAGACCGGCGAGCAGUUGAUUCGGGAGGAGGUUGUUCAGAAGACGUGGGACAGCAACGUUAUCACGCCCGGAACGCCUUUCAUGGAUAUCCUUGCAGCCUCGUUACGGUAUUGGAUUGCCUACAAGCUCAACACUGACCCGGGUUGGGAAAAUCUGAAAAUCAUCAUUUCGGAUGCCACGGUCCCAGGAGAAGGAGAGCACAAGAUCAUGAAUUUUGUGCGAUCGCAGCGAGCCUCGCCUUAUCACGACCCAAACACUCGUCAUGUCAUCUAUGGUCUAGAUGCUGAUCUGAUUAUGCUGGGUCUUGCUACCCACGAACCUUACUUCCGUGUACUGCGUGAAGACGUGUUUGCUCAAGACUCUAGGCCUCGCGGGCCGCCCAAAGGAAAAGAGUGGGGAAUUCGACGAGAAGCAGCACGCUGCCCCGUGAAGCCAUUCAUUUGGCUUCAUGUCGCUGUGCUAAGAGAAUAUCUUGCUGUGGAGCUUCGUGUUCCUCAGCAACCGUUCCCAUUCGACCUUGAACGUGCACUGGAUGACUGGGUCUUCAUGUGUUUCUUCGUUGGCAACGAUUUCCUUCCUCAUCUGCCUUCUUUGGAUAUUCGUGAAAACGGAAUUGAUACCCUGAUCGCGAUCUGGCGUGACAGUCUCCCUGCCAUGGGAAGUUACCUUACCAAAGAUGGAAGUGUUGAGUUGAAAAACGCUCAAAUUAUCUUGCAAGGACUGGCAAAGCAAGAGGAUGCUAUCUUCGCACGUCGUCGGCAAGCGGAUGAAAGAAAGCAGGCAAACGAGAAGAGACGCAAGGAGCAAGAUGCGGCUCGAAACGAAGAGCGUGCUCAAAAGCGAAGGCGGAGCUCCCCCCCAAUAUGA